GAAAUUUCCAAAGUAAUCAAUUAUUUAAAUAGGCUUAUAAUUGGCUAAUCAAACAAAUGUACUUUAUUAUUAAAAUUCACACCCAUAUAUAUAACACAAAUAAGCUAAUACCUUUUAUAGUAAUUUUACACACAAUCAGCCAUUUCAGCCAAUAUAUUACCAAACACUUUUACUUCAGCAAAUUAAGUCUUUUCAGGCUUUUCAGCCAUUCCAGCCAAUGCAGCUGUCACCAAACAGGCCCUACAUGUGUUCUUGGCAUUUCUACCAAAAUUGAUAGAAGAUGGACUGAUUUUUAGAGAAGCAAGAAUGGUUUUUGUUCAUGUUCUACAAAAAAUUUACAUCAAAGAUGACUGAUAUCUAGCUGUGGAAUAAGAAUUUCAGUUCUGCUCCAGCCCAGCUAAUUCACUAGUCAACAACAAUAAAAAAAAAAAAAAACUUCAACAGCUUGGCCAUAGCUCAAAUCUCCACACCCAACAAAACGCUAGGGCCGAAGCAGGAGUCCAAGGAGAAUGGAGAAAAAUGAUGGGUGGGGCCCGCGUGCCCACCACUUUCCUUAUCCUGACAACACCUUUUGAUGAUUUGACAUAUUCGUGAUUAUCCAAAAAGCAAGUGUCGUUUCCCGAACGGAAACUCUCGAACGCCAGGACGAACGACUGCAGAAUACUUCAAUUCCGGCCUUGGUCAGAUUUCCCCGGCAGUCUCAGCCAAGCACAACUACAUGGUAUGGAACGAUGAAGGCAGACCGGCAGCUAACUCUCAAAAAAUAUUACUGGGAUUUCCAGCGGUGACACCGUUUACCGAACGGGAAUAUCUGGACUACCGGACGCUGUGACAGAUCUUGUUUGCACCACUUUGUGGGAUAAGGAUGUCUCGCCCCUAGUAGAAAGGAGUUGAGCAGCUGCAAUGGUUAGUUGGCUACAGAGGUAUGGGGAAGGGGACCCACUUAUUCCACCAUGACACCUCCCAUACGCAAAGAAGCUACUGAUUUGACAGCCCACUUGUGAUUAUGUUUAUUAUUAUAUCAAUAUUAUCAAUAUUAUUAGUAUGAAAGGAAAGGAGGAUUCACCCCAAGGGAGGGAGGCCGAACGGGAGUUUCCCUUGGUCACAAUUGUGAACAAAUCCAUGCGUGAGAAGCUGGCAUGGGAUAAUCAACACAGAAGCCGAACAAGAACACCUGUUCGGUCCACAAGAAUGCCGACCAGGAGCUUUAAAAUUUUGCCUUCGUAGCAGAUUUCCCGAGCGAGAACUCUGCAGUUGGAUAGAUUUCUGGGAAAUAAGGGUGGAACCCAUACGGUAUUGCCAUACGGCCUAUCUCUGCUACCUCCUUGCCACCGCCCGACACCAUCUUCCCAUACUGAAAAUUCAGUGCGAUUGGCCGUUCGGGAAAACAACAGGUCCGGCCACAGAUCAUCUCACAGAUAGAUUCAUGCAGUUGCUCAUCUCGCAUCAGUUGCAUCCAAAUUAGAUGCACUGCACGACCCUCUCCUUUAGGAACCAGGACAGCAGCGCCAUCCGGCGUCAGCUAUCCGGCUUCCGGCAACCGAGGUUGCCCAAUUCACGCACUAUCCCCUCAGUUAUUUGGCAGCGGGACGUCAGCUCUCCGAACGGUCGUCAUGGUCGGGAAUCCACCAGAAUUCCUCUACCCAACCAAAUAUCUCGAACGGGCAUUCGGUUUAAUCCUACAUGGGAGCACGCGGGAGUAUCUGCACGCCAAAUCUGACCCUGAGUUCCAAUGAUGUGGAAGUAACGGCCAAAGUCCGGCUCAUGCGCAGCUUUCCUCGCCGCCGGUCGUUCUCUGGCUGUAGUCCCCAUUUGCACCUCAGCAUGGUUCAUACGGCCAAAUCCCACCUAUUGCAGCUGUCCGGUCGAUCGGGAGUCGCCGCUCGAUCUAGCCGCUCGGCCCAAACCGUCACCUGUCUUCCCUACCCGGAUUCGUAGCUCCCGACCGGCAAGAUUGCAGCUCGAGACCUUAUUGGCCAUCCCAAAUUUCCGCUGCUCAGCGAUUCCUGCGUCGGGACCUCCACAGCUCGGCGUGAAUCUGGAAGAACGGGAAAGCCGAUCAGUUUUCUGAAAGUCUCGAUCGGCAGAGGGCUGGGUCACAUCUGCUCCAAGCGGAUUAUUUGAGGAACAUAUUUUGAAGAAACGGACGGGCCUACUGCUGUGAGAAAAGCUGCAGUAUUCAUUGCUGGGCUAGACCACCUUCGGCAAUUAAAAAUCUCCGGGCCAAUAACUUGGUCCGGCAGCUGAAGAUCAGCCUUAUUGAGCUAAGUACCCAAUCUCUCACUUGCAAAUUAAUUUCAGAUAACAUUUUUAGGAAUGUUCGUUAUCAUCAUUAGUUAAUAGGGAUUAAAAAUAUCCCGAAUUAAAUAAUGUCGAGCGAAGCUUUAGAGAUAAAUCCUCCAUUUUUAAAUGGUUGGUUUAGUGGACCGACCGGCCAACGUAUGACCGGGGUAAUAAAGCGAUCGGAGUACAUCCGAAGGGCAUCGCUCCAGCGACGUGUUUUAUUACAUUAAGAAUCCCGCUCAGCAUCGAGUGCUAAUACAUUAGAAUGUAAAUUAUAGUAUUAUUACUAUUGAUUGCACAAAUAGGGAUUAAAAAAAAUCCUGAAUAAAAUAAUGCCGAACGGGGCUUUAUAAAUAAGAUGACCAUCAUUUUAAUUAAAUGAUUGAUUUUAGUAGGGCCUAUCGGCCCAUCCCGUUUUUGCAACCAUGGCUGGUACGGGGUGAAGUACUUAGUUUGAUUAACUAAAGUUGUUAUUUCUUGGAAACGCCCGGCAAACCACUAGGUGGUUCCGGUCAUGGACUUUUACAGUUCGUGAAAUAAAUCUAGGCCGAGGAUUAUUAUUACCACUUCGGCCGGUAGACAUGAAUAGAAGAUAAUAAUAAAAAUAAAUAUUAUACAUAUGUGUGUAUAUACUUGUAUAUGUUGUUCGGCCGUGCGGCCGUAUUACUUUGCUUAUUGUGCAGUGGAAUCCGUUCGACAUGCUCGAGCUGGGAGAUUCAUGAUUUUUGGCAUGAAGCGCGGAGACGUUCAUGACCGACAAAGAAAAGAAUAAAUCAUAAUUAGGCAAAGUUGUUCGAUAAGCUCGAACAGAAAAGGGGAUCGAGAUUCAGAAAAGGGGAUCGGGAUUCAGAAAUGAAGAUCGAGAUUCAGAAAAGGGGACCGAGAUUCAGAAAUGAAGAUCGAGAUUCAGAAAAGGGGAUCGAGAUUCAGAAAUGAAGAUCGAGAUUCAGAAAUGAAGAUCGAGAUUCAGAAAAGGGGAUCGAGAUUCAGAAAUGAAGAUCGAGAUUCAGAAAAGGGGAUCGAGAUUCAGAAAUGAAGAUCGAGAUUCAGAAAAGGGGAUCGAGAUUCAGAAAUGAAGAUCGAGAUUUCUGUGUUGCCGAGUGAUGUUCGGCAACACAGAAAAUUUCAGCCCAUGGUUAACACGCAGUCAUUUCAGAUGACCGAAUGACGAACGGGUUAACAACAUGGAAGGAAAAUCAUUCUCAGCUAAGAAAGUUUUGACCCUAGAUUUAUGAACGAAUAAAGGGAUCAAAACGGCUUGAAGAAUCGAUGCUCAGAAAAUCGGUGCCCGUGGUUAACACGGUCAUUCCGGAUGACCGAAUGACGAACGGGUUAACAACAUGGAAGGAAAAUCAUUCUCAGCUAAGAAAGUUUUGACCCUAGAUUUAUGAACGGAUGAAGGGAUCAACACGGCUUGAAGAAUCGAUGCUCAGAAAAUCGGUGCCCGUGAUUAACACGAUCAUUCUGGAUGACCGAAUGAGGAACGGGUUGAUUCCAUGGAAGGAAAAUCAAUUCUCAGCUAAGGGAGUUUUUGACCCUAGAUUUAUGAAGGAAUAAAGGGAUCGAAAACGGCUUGAAAAUUGAGGCUCAGAAAAUCGGUGCCCGUGGUUAACUCGAUCAUUCCGGAUGACCGAAUGACGAACGAGUUAACAGCAUGGAAGGAAAGUCAUUCUCAGCCAACGGCUUGGAGUUUGACGCUCAGAUAGUCUCACCUCAGCGGUUAAUAUGAGAAUCGAUUCUGGAAAACCGAAUGAUGAACAUAUUAGCAGUUUGGAGGGAGCCAUUAUUUCAGCAAGAGUUUUGACCCUGUAAUUACGCAUUGAUGAAGGGAUCAAAAUGGCCUGGAGCUCGAGGACAGUGAUUCUCACCUCAGCUUGUUAACACGUGGAAUCAUUCUGGAUGACCGAAUGACGAACGGGUUAACAGUUUGGAGGGAGCUGAGUCGUCAACUUAGCCAAAGUCGACCCUGUAAUUACGUACGGGCAAAGGGAUCAAAACGGCUUGGAGAUGGUGUCAAGACUGUAAGAUAUGGAUUAACCGAGCAACGUUCGGAUAAGGUACGGAUUGUCGCCCGGGGAAUCGGAACUAUGGUUUUGAAAAAGCUCGCCUCAGUCAUGAACUUGAUUCGGAAGCGAGUCGCCCUUUUAGCUAUAAGUAAGGAAUGACCCAAAUUCGGUGAUCUUGCUUACAGUUCAAAAAGGGUUACCUCAGACCCCUAAUAUGGAUGAUACGAGCCAGAGAGAAUAGUUCGGAAUGCAUCAGAAUUAUGGGUUUGGAAGGGAGAUAGUCUCACCUCAGCUUGUUGACGUGUGAGAUCAUUCUGGAUGACCGAAUGACGAACGGGUUAACAGUUUGGAGGGAGCCCCUGUCCCAGCUGAGAGUUUGACCCUGUGGUCACGAUCAAAACGGCUUAGAGGAAUUCACCUCAGCUAAGAGUUUUGAACCCGUGCGUCACGAACGGAAAAGGGAUCAAAACGGGCUCGGGAAAGGUGUCAGAACAAUUAUGAAGAGAUAGCCUCACCUCAGCUUGUUAACACAUGGGAUCAUUCCGGAUGACCGAAUGACGAACGGGUUAACAGUUUGGAGGGAGCCCCUGUCCCGGCUGAGAGUUUGACCCUGUGGUCACGAUCAAAACGGCUUGGAGGAAUUCACCUCAGCUAAGAGUUUUGAACCCGUGCGUCACGAACGGAAAAGGGGUCAAAACGGGCUCGGGAAAGGUGUCAGACAUAAAGAUACGUGAGCCGAGUGAGGUUUGGCCACAUAGAAAGGAUUGUGAACAAAAGAAAAAAAAGAAGCAAUGAAGUAACAAGAUUGGGGAAAGAAUCGAGUUUUAUUCUUCAAACACUACUCGCCGGAAAGUACAAAAGAGAUCAAGAGUAAUACAACUUGGGCAAGAGAUUAUGCUACUGAAUGACCCCUGAUCGGGGAAGAUAGAGACUGAAAACUGCCAACCUGCGCCAGAUCAUUAGAAACUGCUUUCUGUCUUUAGUAUGGGUGGCCUGGAUCAUUGGAACUAUGGGAUUGGAAGAUGGCCAGUCGAGUCGAGUCGAGUCCAUGUUUGUCGAGUAGAGUCGAGUCAAAUCCAUGUUUGUCGAGUCGAGUCGAGUUAAGUCCAUGUUUGUCGAGUUGAGUUGAGUUAAGUCCAUGUAUGACCAGGUCAGGUCGAGUCGAGUCAGGUCCAUUCCUUUUGACUAUGGCAAUGUAAGGACCAUGGCAAUGACCAUGGCAUCGUAAGUCCAUAUCACAGCAAGGGCCACAUUUUAUGCAGCACGAACGGGCUCCACAGCACCGUCGUGCCUGAUUCUCGGUCGGGCUCGUCCAUCCUUGACCUAGGAUGACGACCGCCGCUUUUAUGCAGCACGAACGGGCUCCACAGCACCGUCGUGCCUGAUUCUCGGUCUGGCUCGUCCAUCCUUGAUCUAGGAUGACGACCGCCGCUCUUGUGCAGCACGAACGGGCUCCACAGCGCCGUCGUGCCUGAUUCUCGGUCGGGCUCGUCCAUCCUUGAUCUGGGAUGACGACCGCCGCUUUUAUGCAGCACAAACGGGAUCCACAGCACCGUCGUGCCUGAUUCUCGGUCUGGCUCGUCCAUCCUUGAUCUAGGAUGACGACUGCCGCUCUUAUGCAGCACGAACGGGCUCCACAGCGCCGUGGUGCCUGAUUCUCGGUCGGGCUCGUCCAUCCUUGAUCUGGGAUGACUACCGCCGCUUUUUUAUGCAGCACGAACGGGCUCCACAACACCGUCGUGCCUGACUCACGGUCGGGCUCGUCCAUCCUUGAUCUAGGAUGACGACCGCCGUUUUUUAUGCAGCACGAACGAGCUCCACAACACCGUCGUGCCUGACUCACGGUCGGGCUCGUCCAUCCUUGAUCUAGGAUGACGACCGCCGUUUUUUAUGCAGCACGAGUGGCUGGCUCUACAGCGCCGUCGUGCCUAGUACGGGAUUGCACCUCAUUUAUGGAUUAUGCAUGCCUUGUGCCCAAGAUUAUUCAAAGACUGAUUCAGGGAUGCUGAAAAGGGCGUGAGCAAGAGUAUAUUUUCUCGAGUAGAUUUGCAAGCUCACUACUCAAGAAACUGGGGGACUUGUGUUGGGGAAUAUUAUCCCGGCCUACUACUGUUCAGAGGCCCAAGUCAUCACUCGGUAUGAAGCCCGGUCAGCAAGGCCCAUUUAGGCCUACCCAACCCGUUUCGGCCUAACCGGCCCACUAUGAUAGGCCCGCCCGGCCCAUUUAGGCAUGCUUCGGCCCAUUAGAACCUUUUCGGCCCAUUAGCCCCUUUGGCCCAUUGGCAAACCCUCCCAUUUCCUAUAAAUAGGGAGGAAGGCACCCAUUUGAGGGAUGGCUCUUUGCUCCUGGAGUGAAAGCUUCUCCCCCACCCUCUUUAUUCUUUUAUAUUAGCACCAAGCUCCAUGAAUGGAGUCUCAAGAUAUGUACUUUGUAAAUGAGUGAUGGAAGUAAUUAAUGAAAAAGAGCGGGCUUGGACGUUAGCCUAAAAAGUCCUGUAGUUUUCUCCCUUUCCGGGUUUCCACGUAAAAAUAACUAGUUCAUACACUUUUAUAUUUAUUAUUCAUUUUUAUACUUAAUCUAUGAUCCUGAAUAUCCGAAGUUAUGUUGGGCUUCCGGAUCUACGGGACUUAAAACUCAACAACAUCAAAUUCAGAUUGACGACACCAUCUACCCACAACGGAAGUGGAUCAAGGUGCUGGAUAAAAACUACCAGCUAGACCUCACCAUGUUCAAAUGCCAGGACCCGGUCAUUCCCGCCAUCAUGAAAGGUCACUAUCUCUGGGCCGCACUCCACAGCGCCAAACCAGUGCCAGAGAUAUACCUACAACAAUUCUGGGGACAUAUGCAUACAGAAUCUGUGAAGGAUCGCUCCAAGAUUAAGACGAAGCUGAAUGGUAUGCGCGUAGUCCUGACGCCGUCCACACUACGAUCCACCUUAGCGCUGCCAGUCCACGACACAUAUGAUCCUCUGCCGUCCAUUCCCGACCUUCUCAAGGACGUUACAGCUCUAGGCUACACCUCUCUUCUCCCCCAACUAUCCAAUUUCAAUGGGGCAUAUCUCCAUCACCCGUGGAAGAGCCUGUUCGGGCUAGUGAACAAAUGCCUGUUACCGAAGCAUGCCGUGUUUGACAAAUGCUACAAGCAGAUUCUCCUGAUCUUUCACGACAUUGCUUACAACAAGAAGUACGACAUGGUUGAGCUGUUCUUCUCAGAGCUCAUGGAUCUCGUCAAGGCAAAGGAGAAAAACAAGUCGAGCACCAUCCCAUAUGCUAGGUGGCUCGGGCUUAUCAUCCACGACACCAUGACUGCGCAUGCCUCAUUUCCUAGAAGAAGUGAUGAUCCACAUUUCACAUCUCCAAAGCUUCUCUACUUCAAGACUGACAAAAAACCUGUCACUGGCCUGCGGAUUCCUGGGUUCCUGCUAAAUCUCGCCAAUCCGUCCAAUCCUGCAGUCCAACAGUACAGAGAGAGUGUUGAGAGAACUGUCCCUAUGGUUCAGCAAAACCCAGCUGGACCUACCCCGGGGACACAGCCGAGUGCACGUGAGGGUCCUAAGAGAGCCCAAAAGCCACAGAAACCAGUGGCCGGUUUGCCCCAUGAAGGAAAGUCCGACGACUCUCUCGAGACGAGUAGGAUGGCUGAGGGCACCGCAACGGACGCUGAGGAAUCUGCUGAUGAAUCGUCCAGUGAUGCCCAAACUAACACUGACGAUGAGGCAGUCGAUAGCGUGGGUACUGAUGGCGAUGAGUAAGAUUCUGAUGAUGAUGGUGAUGACAGUGACGAUGUUGAGCAUACCUAUGCUCUGAUCAGAAAGGGUAAGCUGUCUGCCGAAUCUCCAAAAAGAAUAACCGCUGAAGACGCAACACCCAUAAUCACCGGCAAACCCAAGACAUUCACCAUCAAGGAAUUACAAAACUCCAAAAGUGUACACAGAGAAACCUGCAGCUCCAAGGCUGACUAUGAUGAAGCAGCCCACGUCAUCAAGAACUCUCAGGAUGCCAUCAUUCGCGAGAAACGGGCAAAAAUAAAGAAUGACAAAUCAUCUAAGCCCAAGUCUCAUCCUCGCAUCAGGAAGAGCCUCAUAGAUAAGGCUGACGAGCACAUCUUUGCUCAAUGUGAACCCUUUAUCCAGAUAAGCCGAGCUGAAUCCCUAAGUACAGGAGCCGAUCUUUUCGGUUCCCGAGUAGAAGCCGCAGCAUCUGGUUCAACUGCGCAUGCACAACCCUCCUCCAGCCACUCGUUAGCCUCCCAACAGGCUAUCGUUUCAACAGCACAUGACUCACCCACCUCUCUGGUUCCUUCCGAAUCAGUUGAGCGAACUGUUGGCCAAUCGCCCGAGGUCACAACCCCUCAUUCAAACACAUCGAGUCUAGGUGUCACAUUUCCCACAUUUUCUUCCUUUUCUAGGACACCUACACUAUUCAAAGCACAUACAGGUGCACCCACCCUGAACGCAACGACCAGAGCGCAAGCUAUGACGGUUGGAAGUCCUGCUAUGCCUACAAUGAUUCCAUCAUUAAACGCAGGCCACACAUCAGCUAUCUUCACUGAUACUGUGACAACAGUUACAACCCCCGUAACUGGCCAUCCCACCUUUGAAGAUGUCAACGUUCUCCUGAAUCGCUUCCUGGAUUCCACCAUAAAACCAUGGGUGCAAGAAGCAAUGACCGCUCUUGCACAUGAAUUUAGGACCACCCAAGCGGUUCAGCCUGAACAUCCCACACCCCAACCUGCACCCGAACCCUUCAUCUCCCAUACCCAACCAAUAUCUUCCACCGCCCUCUCUCACCACUCCAUCAACCAAUUACCCAUCUCCUCACCUUCUCGGGGCACCCAUGAUACAGAACUAGUAUUAUCCCCACACCCUAUCACACCUUCCAUCGAUCUCCUAUCGCUACCCUUCGACACCUUGGCAUCGGCUAUGCUGGACCAUCUCCUCAACAUACCACAAGCCAACCUCACCCCCUACCAUCAAGCCAUCCUCAAUGCCCUCCUCUUCACCAGAGACCAAGAGCAAAUGCCAUGACAGUCCUCGUGGUCGCAAACGUUCCCAUGAGGACCCCGAUGAUUCGGAUCCUCAUGAGGGGGAGAACAAGCGGCCACGAACACUGGAGCAAAAUGCUUUAGCCAGCCACACUCCACAGCCCGAUCAACCUGAAACCUCCACCAACCAACAGCCACACGUAACCAACCAAACCCAAACCAAACUUUCUAGCCUGGUCGAGCUAGAUGAAACAUCCCGAGGCGUAUCUCCUAAAGAUACCAACCGAGGAGGGGAUGGAAGUCCUGAUGAUGCUACUACUGGUACAUCUUGUAAGUCAGGCCAUCAGUUAGAACCUCGUUCGAAGCUGAUGACAACGGGAAAUCCUAGUGACCCCGGUGUCCCAGGUAACAGGUCUCCGUCACUACAAGAUCAACCAGCUCCUACCAUUAUGUCAUCAGAUGAAAUGCACGAUCAACUUGAGGAUAUCAUCAUUCACGAAAAAUGGCCCAGAUAGUGGACGGAGAUGGAUCAAAUUAUGCAAGAUGAAGAACAACAAGAUAUGCAAAGGAGCUGGCUCUUACGGGAACUCAUAAACAAAUGUGCGGAGGACAUAAUCAGGCUCGAGGAUGAUGAACAAAAGGAAGGGGAAAACCACAAGGAAACUCAGAAAGAACUCGAAUCUGUUGUCAGACAAACGGCGGGACGACUUCCCAAGACAGAGAAACCUUGGGAAAAUGUACGCAUCAAAGCCCCCUUCCAAGAGGAAAUCAGAGAGGGUAUAUGGCGUAGACCGGAGAAAGUCAGACCUCUGAAUGAACUAAAGCUGUGUGGGCUCACCCAUCUCAAAGGAAAGCAGGCAGGAGGUCAUCUUCAUAUGCUGAUGCAACGGUCAACUGGGACUCAACGAGAGCUGAUGGAACAAGAUCUGAAAUCCAACAUUCUUCCAAUUCAUCAAAUCCUAAAGGUAAAGGUUGAAGAUUAUCAUGGAGUGAGAUUCUACUCUUACAAACUUCAACGCACCGAUGGGAGUGAAUUCACAUGUCAGGAAAACAACUUCAUCAUGCUCAAACCAGACGACAUCUAUCAAAUGUUUAUGGCAUACAGAUACCUCCCAGUCAGAAAAAGCAGAACAUACAACGAAGGCCUCGCAACAAUCAAGAGGUUCAUGCUCAGACAAGUUAGAGUUCACUCAUCUCACGACCUACAGAUGGCUAUCGAGUGCAACAUGACAAAGACAAAUCUAACACAGCCAAGACUGUAUGGUCCAAAGCUCGAAGACUUCCCUGCAUACCACAUCUUCUUCACACCACCAGCAGUCACAUAUCUCAAUCACAAGAAUGAAAAACGCCUGAUGAUGGUUAGCGAAGUUGAGAAAUACUGUGAUGGAACACUGAAGAUCAUCAUAGAACAGCUGUUGAAGAUGAAGGAACAGCUGGAUAAAAAACUUGAGGAGGCAUCGUCAUACAUUCUAAAGGAACAUUCAACGCUGGAAAUCAUUCUAAAAGCCAUUGACGAUCGCCUGGACAAGACAAACAUGCUGAGACAAUAUGAGCACACGCUAAACAUGAGGAAGCACUACUUCAAAGCUCAGAAGCAAUAACAAGGUGGCACUUGAUCACAAAGGGGGAGAUUGUUGAAGAUCAUUUAAUUGUGAAUCAAGUUUGUCACCUAUCUUGUAAUAGAUUAGCUUUAUUAUAUCCUUGUAUUCAAUAUUUGUAUUUAUUAGGAUAAAGGAUAUGUGGCCAAUGUGUCAGACCCAUAUCAGGCUGAAAGCCUUUCCGCUAACCCUAUACCUGCGCAUAUAAAAAGGCGCUUCAGGUUUAGGGUUGCGUUAACUUUCGAACUCGUUCCAAAUAGCCUUAGCGCAAUAUUCUUCUCUGUACGAGUUCACGGUAUAUCAAGGAAGGUUAUCAUCG